AUGGGCGCAAAGAAGCGUCGCAACUACCUAACCUGCGAGCCGGGAGAGUUGUGCGAGUUGCCUCCGUACCCCGCCAAAAACGGGGCCCCGCUGUUCGUCGAAACUCGGCCCUUCGUGGAGCCGGUGGCCGUGGAGGAAGUGGUCUUGGCACCGCCAAAGAAGUUUGGUGGGCCCAAGCCGAAGGUGAAGCCGCAGGUCGUCAUGCCGGCGCCAGCGCCAGUCAUGGUCGCGCCGCCUCCUGUGCCGCGCCUGCGCGGACCUCGUCCCGCCGACGACUGGCUCGUCGACCGACCGACCAUGCCUUACACUCCCGCGCCUGAAUACCAUCACUACCAUGACCACGAACACGUCCACCGUCAUGAGGUCCGCCAAACCGACGACUGCGUCGCCGCCGAAUGUGACAGCGGCUGUACCGAUGGUGGCUGUCACCACGGAACCCCUCAGCCGACUCCCACUCCUCCCCACCACGACCACCCCCACCACGACCACCCCCACCACGACCAUCCCCACCACGACCAUCCCCACCACGAUCUAAAACCCGAACACCACCUUAUUGAGCCGGUCGCCGAGAUCAUCGAAACCAUCUUGGACCACGGCCACAAAGGCGGUGACCACAAGGGUACCGAUCACCACAAGGGUACCGAUCACCACAAGGGUACCGAUCACCACAAGGUGGGUGAGCACGAAGGUGGCGACCAGCAAGGUGGUGAGCACAAGGCGGUCGAGCACAGGGCGGUCGAGCACAAGGCGGUCGAGCAGCAUAAGGCAGUAGUUGAGAACCUGGACGAAGUUAUCCAGAGCGACCCGAAGAAGCACAAGAAGUGGGUGGACUGGCACGAUAUGAAGGAGUCUGCGCUGGAUGUGAUGAAUGCCGUCAAGGACGUAGCCUUCCACAAAGGGAAGGGCAAGGAGAGCAAGCUGCAAGAGCAGAGCCUGGAGGAUUACCGCAGCGUACCAAUGCCCAACGGUAUCCGCAUGCCUGGCGGACAUUACCUGCCUCCCGGCAUCUUCUAUCCCAGCUACGUAGAAGAGACUCCCGUAGCCGUCGCCGACAUGUCUCUUGAUGUCCCGGAGGAUCGGCCGGGUGCGGUGACUUCCAUCAGCGUGGACCGCCUGCCCGAUGGCGGUACUGAGAUCGUGAAGACCGUCGAGCUCCCGCCACGCGUCCUAGACAGACGGAUCCACGACGGCGGAGCUACCAGAGUCAUCGAGGUCCCCCGUCUCCAGGACGAGGCCGUUGAGGACACUGCUGCUCAGGACCUGGCCGGAAUCGUAGCCGUCGAUACGACUGUAGUCCGCGGCCCCACCAAGGUUACCCGAAGGGUGGUUGACUCGACGGUGGAAAAGAUAUUGGAGAAUCCCUACUCCGGUACCGGUCCUGUGACCACUGGUCCGGUGAGCGUGGGCCCUAACAUUGUGAGUCAAAGCCCCGUGGUCGCGCAGAGUCCUGUGGUUACGCAGAGCCCCGUGGUCACGGAGGCUCCCGUCGUCACCCAGAACCAUGUGGUUACUCAGGGCCCUGUGGUUACUCAGGGCCCUGUGGUUACUCAGAGUCCUAUGGUUACUCAGAGUCCGGUGGUGGUUCCGUCGCAGGUAGCUAUCACAGACGGCCGCUUGGUGCAGCCGGAGAUACGGCCAGUGAUGCCGAGCUUGGAGGUAGUGGACACGUUGAGGAUGGCUGAGCGUGCGGCUGCAGAGUCGGUGGCGAUCGCAUUGGAGACUGAGCGAUUGGCGACGGAGCGGGCUCGAUCGGCGAUGGCUUACCGUGCGCAGAUCGAGAGCGACAUCGAGAGCAUUUUGGAGUUGAAGGAUCGCGAGGCGGCGACGGCGGAAGUGGAGCAAUUGAAUGCGCGUCGCGCGGCGUUAGAAAGGGCUGCGGAGGAGGCGGCGCUGGACCGUGUUCGUGCGGAGAAAGCGUUCUUCGAAAUCCAGGCUGAGAAGGCGGCGCAAUUGGCAGCGUAUGAAGUUGCGGCAGCACAACACGCCGCCUGGGAACGCGCCCAUGCUGAAGCGCGCGCCGAAGCAGCCAUUGCCGACCGCCAGGCGGCCGCACAGGAGGCCCGUGCCGAAGAGGAAGUUUUACUCGAAACUGUUGAACGCCUCAAAGACCUCCGCGAACAGGCCAUUUGGGACACACAACUCGCCAUUCAGCGUUCAAGAGCUGACGCAGCCGCCGCCGCCGCCGCCUGGGUCGAAGCACCUCCCGCGGCCGCUCCAGCGACCCGCUACUACCCGAAGGUGGAACUCUACCCCAAAGCGGAACUCUAUCCCGACCCGAAUGGGGACCUCUACCCGAUUGCCCAUCUUUACCCCGACGUGGACAUGUACCCCGGCGGCGCCCUCGACGCCUCGGAUAUGUCUCCCGAACGUGACCCCUUCAGCCACUUCCUCUCCGACGCCGACUACAGCGACUACGGCUACCUUCCCGCGGAAUACAGCGAGGCUGCCACCUACGUCUACCCCAACGCUCGCCUUCCCAUCACUGGCACACAUCUCCCCACUAACCCUCACGGCCCCCAUGAGACCGUACGCCAGCCUGGGAUCUCGGAGCAGGAAGUCUUGGUGAGACCGAUUGAUUCGGCGGUGAUGGAAACGCCCUUGGUGGAGAACUCGGUGGGUCCUUUCCUGGACGAGAUUCGCCGAGACAAGCGUGAAGUGAUUCUGGCUCCGAAAGCUGUGGAGAAGUGCUCUCGAUUGGUGCCCGACUCGGUCAUCAUCGAGACGGAGGUCCCAUUGUCGCAGGUGGCCCGGGUACCCAGCUCUGGCCUUAUCCCGGUAGAGGACGCGGAUUUUGACAAAAUGCUUGAAAUCCGACGGAAUGCACCUGAAGCGGACAAGGUACUGGACUGGGCCGUUGACCAACUCUACCGUAGCCACUUUGUCCAAGAGACUAAGGCCGCCAUUUGCGGCUCCGUUUGCAGCAAGCCCGCAAACCACCUGGACGUUGUAUACAAGGCUGCUGACGUCUUCGCCGACUGUUUGGAUCCUGACAACCUGCAAAUGCUGAGGGACUUCCUAUUCAAGACCAUCAACUGA